AUGGAAUACGCGGAAAAUGGGAGUUUAUUGGACAUCAUCAAAAGAGACGGUAAAAUAGACGAUAAUAAAGCUCGAAAAUGGUUUAUGGAACUUGUUAACGCUGUAGAAUAUUGCCACUCAAAAGGAGUCGUACACAGAGACAUAAAAUAUGAAAACUUGUUGAUGGACACCAGUUACAAUAUCAAGUUAUCGGAUUUCGGAUUCGCUCGAAAUAAUAUGAUAAAGAAAAAUGGUCAGAUGAAAAAGAGCAGCACGUUCUGUGGCAGUUACGCUUACGCCUCACCAGAAAUAAUAAAAGGCAUAUUUUAUCAGCCCAAUACCUCUGACAUUUGGUCCAUCGGAGUAGUGCUUUACGGCAUGAUAUUUGGAACUCUGCCCUUUGAGGCUUUGACCAUACAAAUUAUCAAAAGUUACUAA